CCGCUACGUGGCGCUUGUUGUCAGGCCCAUUGCUUUGCCAUGCAGGAAGUGCCGGAGCUAGACCUCGACACGUCGCUGUCAUCUGUGGUUGAGCUUCACGCCGACAAGACCACCCAUGCACCCGAGUUGACAUCCGCCACCCAAUCGAAUACCUUGAGCCUUGAAUCCUUUCCUGAUGCCGUCACACCCCUGACGUUUGAUGAUAUCUUUACCGAUGAGGAUAACGAAAGUUUUGAGGAUGAUGACAACGUCUUCUUGUCCCUGGACUUGAAGGCCGACCCGGAAGUGGAAUGCCUCGUCAGCUCCGUCCUUGACCCCGGAGAGGGUGCUGUGCUCGUCUCUGACCGAGUAAACAGCCAGGCUGGUGCUGGUGUCGCACCCGAGUUACAGGUCAUGGACGUCGACCUUUCUCAAGGCUGUUUGGAUGACCUUGAUUGUCAGACACCUUCCCUUGACCUUGACCUUGACCUGGAGCUGGAGCUGGAGCCCCGCCUGAAGGAGGCGCUGGCCCGGAGCGAGGCCACCCGCUGUCUGGGACCGCUCCUGAAGGAGGAGCUGCGCCUGAAGAUCCUCAAGAAACGCCACGACAGCGGCGAGGACGACAUCGAGGUGAACUUCGACGAGGCGCCUCGAUACGAGCUGACGGCGGAGGAAUACGCCAAGCGAGACCGGCGCAGGGCGCAGAACCGCGGCGCAGCCAAACGAUUCCGCGCGAGGAAAAAGAGCGAAGAGCUGGAGAUCAAAAAGAAGCUGGAGGAGGAGCAGAAGCUGAACGAGAGGCUGGUGAGUCAGAAGGUGAGGCUGCAGCAGGAGGUGCAGCGACUCCGCCAGACCCUGGAGCAGCACUACACCGACGGCCGCUGCGUCUUCUUCGCGUCCUGGUCAGCCUGCCGCGCGGCGCCGGUGGCCGUGGACUCCUGGACCAUGGACUUCCGCAACAUCCUGUGACCCUGACCUUUCAGGGCGAGUCAACCUGCUGACCCUUGCACUUGCGUCACGUGUCGUGGCGAUCACACAGACGAGGGGUUCGCCUCCCAGCGACACACCCGACACAAUAUCUGGGUGAAGUCAAUUGAUAUGAUCCUCAUGCUUCUCUUUGUCAAAACAACAACAACAACAACAACAACGACAACAAAAUCCCAGCAAAACUGUUGCUAGCUGAAAUCCUGGCUACAUAUCCGUUUCCAUGUCCUGCUCAAAAAUGAAUUUUAUACAAACAAAUUUAAAACGAACAAACUAUCUUAUUUUUAUGAAGAUGUAUCACCGCUGAAAUGUUACAGAUGAUGAUCCGUGGACAGAGGCAGCUAUGUUUGAACUAUUCCAUGUCAGUCUUUACACUGUUGUUUACAACUAGUCUCCGUCUGCAGCAGAUGUUUGUAACAAAAUGUUGUUCACAUGGCAGCGGCUCCUUUCUCGCCAAACGUUCCAGUGUCACGUGACGAUCUCCUCUGUGUACAUCUACUCGCUAUACAUGGCACCCGGCUGCCACUGGGGUGCUGUACAGUGCACACUACUCAUUGUUUCCACAUUUCCAGGAGGCCAUGUUGGUCAGUGACUUGUGGGUCGGGAUGGGGUCAAAGGUGCUGGAGGACUAAGUGAGGAGAACAGGCGCGGAGAGCAUGCUGGGUAAAUCUUAGCUUUACGAUGUCAGCACACCUGUGUGGUUGGUGACACACCUGGAGUCCAGUGUCACCACUGACCUCUGCCCCCAGUUCCCUUGACUAGCGCGGCGAGAGCUAAAGACAAGAUGUCGGCAUCCACGCAGAAAGUCUUUCUGUGCAAAGAACAAAUUGUAUUUUGAGUCUUUGAGGCCAUGUUUCCAUGUACAAUAUUGUUUAGUGUACUUACAUUGUACAAUAUUGUUUUGUAUACUUACAUUGUACAAUAUUGUUUUGUGUACAUUGUACAGUGAGCUGGUGCAGCUUAUAUUUUCUGGCAUUCGCUUGGAACGAGUGCAAACUGUUUGUAGGACAACCUCCUCGGGCAGUAAACUUAGUUGCUGUUGCUGAGGCAGCCCGGGGGGCACAGAUACAGGAGGAUGUUAGGCAACAUUUUAUUUUUGUGUCGUGUCCCUCCCACACGUUUUGUAUGUUUGCUAGUUCGUGUUGUACAUACUGUACUGCUGUCAAAUUGUACACACUUGCUUACUGAGUUACCAGUAACACAUUCACAUUCGGUCUUCCUGGCGGCUUGUGAUGCAUCAUAUUGUGACUUCUGCUCUUCUGUCCCCCGAGGACUGCAGGCACGUGACACACCUGCUGUGUAAGGAACACAAUCCUUGUUUUGUUGUUUUGUUGUUUUCACACAGCAGACGAUCAUUGUGAAAGCUGAGCCUGCUGUCAUCACUGACCUCAGCUCUGGCACACAGACCUGGUCAUCAGCUGUCAUCACUGGCCUUCACUGUAGUACACAGCAGUUACACCUGGUCACGUGUCAACGGGCAAAGUGGAAGGGAAGGGGCAAGAGUGGGAGGGGCUGUGGGCACCACCUUCUUUCACAGGUACCUCUGACCCCUCCCCCCACGCCCUCUCUUCCCUCCAGUUGGCAGCACCGUGGGGCAGGCAUGAUGGACUGAGCUACACCAGUUGGCGUGAGCACAUCUCACCCUCCUCCUGUGACACUGACACGACGCUGACACGACACUUACGUGAUCUCCACUUAAACCACGUGACUGGUUGCUCGGUCACCCCAUGACACACCCGUGUGACACUUCAGUGCAUGUUGACAGGCACACCCUGUGUCACGUGCAUCACGUGUUGUACAGUUUGUUUACAACACGCGUCCAUCAGUUGAUUGUGUACUUACAGCAUCGUGCUGAGGCCGUCUGUUGUCUUGAAUUGUUCAGUUCACUGUUCACUGUUUACUGUUCAUUAUUCACUGUUCACUGUUCACUAUUCACUGUUCACUGUACAUUCUCCUGAACACAUUGUUAAAACUCGUGCAUUGUUCAGUGUACGUUUUGCUGACAACUGGUGUUUUUUGAAAGUAUAUCUACAAAUUACAUUUUUUACAAAACUUAUCUUUGACUUUUUUUUAAAUGAGAGACAUGCAACAAACAACUAGAUUGUGUGUGUACCCGGAGAUAAGCUCGGGUGGAAUGCCAUGGUCGGAUGGUGACAGCACAGUGACACUGCUGACUAUCCUCCACAGUAGACACGAGUGGCUGGCCCUGUCUACCCACGUGAUCCCCCCAACCACAGGUGACAGUCAAGCGACGACUGACCGAUGACUGUGUUCACCCGCCAUACAUCAUACAGUUCCUGAGGACCUGACUGGGUGACAUGCUUUCAUCCACCGCCUGUCGUCACUACGUCACACGUCACACAGUGUCCACUGACGGUUACAGGUGGCGAGACAUAAAUUAUAAAUAUAAAUUAUAAAGUUAUAAAUAUAAAUCACACGCUGCACAGUGUCCACCCAGGACCAGACAGGUGCGAGUUGUUUGUCACAAAUACAUCAAUCAUUACGCGACAAGCUGCUCUUCCCACUAGCGCCACCUACCGCACAUUUCACCUUUGACCUUUGUCAACUGUUGUCGCCAUUUGUUGUGUAACUUGUUUAAAAAUCGACUUUCUCGAUGUUUGUGUAG